UUUGUGUCAAACACAGCUUGGAAGAGAUUGGUGAGUUGAACUUCCUGAAUCGAAUAGGAUCCCUAGAUUAAACCGAAAAAGACGUCAAAGUGAUCGAUCGUUGGUCAGCUGAGAUUUUACUUUUUUAAUUUUUCGGGUAAAAUAACAAUAACGGAGUAAAAUCGCGAAGAAAAAGCCUGUGUGCGUCUAAAAUCCUGUUUAGUUAUUGUAAUUGUAACAUCGCUUAUAAUUUCCUUCUAAUUGAAGAAGUUUUUAUUUGAAGUUUGUUUUUUUUUAUUUGUUGGCAAAGCAAAAAAUUUCAGUUUAGGUAUCAAUAGAUGUGUUCAGGGGCUGAACAGUAGGUAUUUAACAAAAUGGAGGAUGAAGAAUUUAAAAAGUUGCCCAUCGAAGAAAAAUGUGUUCAUAAAUUGUGGAAAACUAGGGUAAAUGGAUAUGAAGAAGUGACUAAGUUGUUCAGGCAUCUGGACGAUGAAAAGUCCCCCGAGUAUUCCAAAUAUUUGGGUUUAGUGAAGAAAUUUGUAACAGACAGUAAUGCUUUAGCACAAGAGAAAGGUCUUGAGGCGACUUUAGCUUAUGUAGAAAACUAUGGGUUUGCUGGUAAAACUGUUUCGGAAGUAAUGUCUGGCAUAGUCAUGAAAUGCAUAGCUGCGCCGAAACUCAAGACCAGAGACUUAGCAUUGCAAAUCAUCCUUAUGUAUAUUGAGAUAGAAAAACAAGAAGCUGUUCUGGAAGAGUUAUUAAAGGGCACAGAGCAAAAAAAUCCAAAAAUAACAGCAGCUUGCAUCCAAGCUUUGACCACGGCACUGCGCGAGUUUGGUAUAAAGAUUGUAAGCCCAAAACCAAUUUUGAAGAAAAUUGGAGUAUUGUUUUCUGAUCGUGAUAAAGCUGUUAGAGAUGAAGCACGUCUAAUGGUCAUUGAAUUGUAUAGGUGGAUAGGCCCUGGCUUAAGGGCUCAUCUGCAGAAUGCAAAUCUACAGGCAGUUCAGCUCACUGAACUAGAAACUGAGUUUUUAAAAAUUGAUGGAACUAAAUCUUGCCCUUUGAGGUAUGUUCGUUCUCAGCAGCAAAAACAGAGCAAACUAAUGGCCGAUGCUGAAGAAGUUGAUGGCGCCGACGACGAAGAUAAUGAAGAGGAUGCGCCUAAAGAGAUCGAUCCGUACGACCUUGCCGACCCUGUCAAUAUUCUCUCCAAAUUGCCAAAAGAUUUUUAUGAAAAAAUUGAAGCAAAAAAAUGGCAAGAAAGGAAAGACGUACUCGAGAUCGUCGAAAACUUGCUCAAAUCGCCGAAACUGGAAAAUGGCGAUUAUGGCGACUUGGUUAGGGCCCUCAAAAAAGUGGUCCAAAAAGAUUCCAACGUUAUAUGCGUGGCGAUGGCCGCGAGAUGUAUUGCGGGCUUAGCUGCCGGUUUAAAAAGACAGUUCCAGAUUUAUUCCGUAUCGCUAGUUUCCACCCUACUGGAAAAAUUUAAGGAAAAGAAGCAAAACGUGUUGACUGCACUCAGAGAUGCCAUUGACGGCGUGUAUCUUACAACAAACAUCGAAGCCAUUCUGGAGGACGUUCUUGAAGCGCUUAACAACAAGAAUCCCUCUGUUAAGUCAGAAACGUCCCUGUUUUUGGCUAGGGCUUUUACCAAAACAUUGCCCAGGGCUAUCACUAAAAAACAUCUAAAAGCCGUCGUUGGAGUUUUGGUGAAAAAUCUAAAUGAACCGGAUCCAACUGUGAGGGAAUCGACUGCUGAAACCCUUGGCACGUUAAUGAAACUUGUUGGUGAAAAAGCGAUUGGCCCGUUCUUGGUAGAAAUCGAAAAGGACACCCUAAAGAUGAACAAAGUGAGAGAGUAUUAUGAAAAGGCGGUGAUCUCUGUCAAGGUUGCUGCAACGAAAAAAGCCCCCAUCAAAACUGACAAGGCAAAAGAAGGAGGAAUGGACAAGGCGGGUUUCAAGGCGCCUGCAGUACCGAAAAAGAAACCGUCGGUGACGAAUUUAACGGGAACCGCCACCAUCGUGAAGUGUAAGGGAGUGAAAGCUGCACCGAAGCCGGCUCUUAAGAUUGAAAAGGAACUCGACGAUGUGGAAGUGGAUAGUAUCGUGGAGGACCUUUUCCCUAGCGGCAUCGUUAGCGAACUCGUGGACUCAGUAUGGAAGACCAGACUGGUGGCAGCAGAGCAAAUAAUUUCAAAAUUACGAACUAUGGACGGAAAUUCUAUUCCGACGCAGGCUAUCGUUAAGACCGUAAUGAAGAAGCCAGGCUUAAAGGACACUAACUUCCAGGUACUCAAAGUGAAACUGGACAUUGUGAAGUACUUGGCUGAAAAUGGCAUAUUUUCCACAACGACAGUCGACUGUUGCGUUAACGACAUAUGUGAUAAAAUUGCGGACGUCAAAAAUGGACCCUACGUCGCUGAAACCUUAACCGCCAUGGCUGACGCAACCAAUUUGGGUCAUGUGUCCACUGCGGUACUGGAAACCGUUUUCUCCCAAAGAAGCCCGAAAUUGCAGCAGGAGGCGUUGAACUGGUUAUUGGUUGCCGUAAAGGAAUUCGGAAUAUCCAAUCUGAACGUGAAGCUGAUCAUCGAGAACUCUAAGAAGGCCUUGAGCUCGACGAAUCCGGGGGUACGUCAAUCUUCCAUAUCGUUCCUAGGAAUUCUGUAUCUUUACAUGGGCUCAAGUCUAUACGUAUUUUUUGAGAACGAGAAGCCAUCGCUGCGCGAUCAAAUAGUCGCCGAGUUUGACAAGUAUAAAGGUCAAAAUCCACCCGCUCCAACUAGAGGUGUUCCAAAAUCAGCAAGCUCGAACAGUCUCGAUGCUCUAGAAGAUGAGGCCGGUGAGGUGAACAUACAAGACUUGUUGCCCAGGGCGGACAUCAGCGGAAAAAUAACAGACUCCUUAAUAAACGAAUUGGGCGACAAAAAUUGGAAGGAGCGUAUUGAAGCUUUGAACAAAGUCAACUCUAUCAUUCAAGAGGCGAAAUUCAUCAAACCCAAUCUAGGUGAUUUACCACAAGCGCUGGCUGCCCGUUUAAGCGACAGCAACGUGAAGAUAGCUCAGACCACGUUGAAUAUUUGCCAGGAGAUCGUAAAGGCAGUUGGGCCAGAGUCCAAACAGUAUAUUCGCACCUUUUUUCCAGGAUUCUUGCAAUGUCUCUCCGAUAACAAAGCGUGGAUGCGCACGACGGCCUUAGAGACGAUCAAUGCCUAUAGCGAGAAGUGCGGUUACAAGGAGUUUUUCGACUGUGGAAUGAUCGGGGAUGCUUUUAAAACCGGUUCGCCGGUUUUGCGCGCGGAACUCUGGAACUGGUUGGCCGAGGUGUUGCCGAAAAUUCCCCCGAAGACGUUGCCCAAGGAGGAAAUCGUGAUAUGUGUUCCGCACCUCUUCAGCAAUUUGGAAGAUCGGAACGCGGACGUAAGGAAGAACGCGAACGAAGCUAUCCUAGGGAUAAUGAUUCACGCAAGAUGCGAGGAAAUGAUAAAGCAGGCGGAAAAACUGAAGCCUGGUUCGAAGGCUGUCGUUUUAGCGGCUCUAGACAAAGUCAGGCCUAACCUCCCAAUGAAGAAAAGCCAGCCCGUCGAAGAAAAACCUACCAAAAGCGCGUCACAACAAAGAAUUGUCAAACCUAAGGCUGGAUCCACGCAGACCAAGGCAUCGGCGCCUGUGUCAUCCCGUAAGAAGGAAGAGGAAGUUGAUACUUCGCCGCUUUUGGUCACAAACAAUCUCAAACAUCAGCGCACAAUUGACGAAUCCAAACUGAAGGUCCUGAGGUGGAACUUUACACAGCCACGGGAAGAGUUUGUCGAGCUUUUGAAAGAUCAGAUGCUGGCCGCUAACGUCAACAAGCAAUUGAUCGCCAAUAUGUUUCAUUCGGAUUUCCGGUUCCACAUUAAGGCAAUUGAAUCGUUGAUGGAGGACCUGCCCAACAAUAGUCAAGCUUUAAUUUCAAACUUGGAUCUGAUUCUGAAAUGGCUAACACUGAGAUUCUUCGACACAAAUCCUUCAGUGCUACUAAAGGGUCUAGAAUAUCUUCAUUCUGUGUUCAACACCCUCGUAGAGAAGCAGUACCACAUGCUGGAGAAUGAGGGUUCUUGCUUCAUACCUUACUUAGUGCUUAAGGUCGGCGAUCCGAAAGACGCAGUUAGAAAUGGCGUCCGCUCCCUACUGAAACAAAUCAGCGGCGUUUUUCCUCUGGGUCGACUAUCAGGGUACGUUAUGGAGGGUGUUAAGUCGAAGAAUGCGAGACAAAGAGCCGAAUGUUUGGAAAUUAUGGGUUCGAUGAUUGAAGAUUAUGGUAUCAGUGUCUGUAUGCCGUCGCCAUCGGCUGUACUAAAAGAAGUUGCCAAACAGAUAUCAGACAGAGAUAACUCAGUAAGGAAUGCAGCACUAAAUUGCGUCGUGCAAGCUUACAAUAUCGUCGGCGACAAGGUUUACAAAAUGGUGGGCAAUAUCUCCGAUAAAGAUAUGUCCCUGUUGGAAGAAAGGAUAAAAAGGUCGAGCCGACGAUCCAUCAUGCCGAAAGCGGCUCCAACUCUCAAUGUAACUAUUACCCAAGUAGCUCCUACCACCAGCAACGGUAUAAACGGAAAUGAAACAGUGACGAUCGAUGACGAUCAAGAUGUAGAUGAUGAAGAUACUCUUCCUGGAGUUAGAUUGCCGCCCGCCGUCGCUUCCGAACCUCCCAAGAAAGUGGUGCAUGGGCCGUUCCAGUUAGAUCCGGAAUUCAUGAAGGAGUUGGAUAAGAUAACUAUCAACUACGAAAGAAAACCUAUCAUGGAAAUAGACACAAAUUUCAUGAAUGAAGAUAUUAAGAUGCCAUCGUUUUAUGAUAACAAGGCUAAAAUAAUGCCUAUGACGCCUCCUAAACCUGUCCAGGCAAUGAGUUACGCGAUGCAGGGCGUUAAACAUGGCAUCAGCGUAGAGAUUUCGGAGACGCUUAAGCUCGUCGGUACUCCCAAUUUGGCAGUAGGAUGUCAAGGUUUCUUACAAUUACUGGAACUAAUGAAUAACCCGUCCAAAAGUCAAGUAUUGGCCGAUCACGAAAACGAUUUUGUCGAGGCGUUAGUAUCACAGUUGAAGCACUUGCGCACUUUGGACCCUGGCGGCGAUGAAACAGUGGCGAAGCUCUACCGGAGUUUGUUUAGGAGUAUCGAUAUGUUUUACCAGCAACCACGCUCAUCGAAACGGGUGACCGUACAGGCCGUUAAGGAUCUUAUGAACCAGCUGGUCAGCCUGUUGGUCGAACAAAAAUUGGAAAGUUGCGGCGACGUCUAUGUGCGAGUAUUAAAUCUCAAUUGCGUUAGGAUUAUCGAGAAUUCCGAUCAUACCGUGAUUAUAUGCGCAUUGGUUAAGUUAAUUAAGGAGUGCGUAGCCGAUGAAAACUGUUCGGAACGGCAAGUGGAACUCGUAAUGAAGUGUAUUUGGAAAGUGAUCAAACUGAUGCCCAAUUGGGGUCAUGAAUUCGACUAUGAAUUAGUUCUGGUAGAAGUUCACGAAUUUCUCGUAAAGUUUCCAUCCAAGUGGUGGAUUCGAAAACCGGCUGACACGCCUUUAAGAACAAUCAAGACCAUCAUACAUUUAAUGGUAAAAAUCAAAGGGCCAGCCGUGACCCAGCUGCUAAGUAAAAUUAGCAAUCUUGGAGAAUCAGAAAUUGAAGCUUACAUUUUAAAGCUGCUGAAAACCCUAAAAAUCGCUCAGGCUCAGGAAAUUCCUGUCCAGUCUCAGAGAAAAUCGCUCUCGCGGGCGAACCACAAUAUGCUCACUGAGAUAUUCCAAAAAAUCGGCAGUAAGGAGGAGACCAAGGAGGGUCUAAAUCUUUUGUACGAUUUUAUCCAGCAAUAUCCUGAAGCGGACAUAGAGCCGUUCCUGAGCAAGUCGAGCAAAUUUUUCCAGGACUACAUCAGGAAGGGGCUGAAGGAAAUUGAGGAUGCUAGAAAGAUUACCAACUUGGCACAUUGUGAUUUAUCGAACACCAACGUAUGCGAGGAAGAUUGUGAUCCGGGCAAAUUAUACGAGCACUACAGUGCUCGACUCAAAAAGUGGCAGCAAAUUUGGAAAGAUUUGAUGAGCGGUAAAAAGGUCGAUCACUCGGAAUGGCCCCUGCCACCGCCAGAAUGAGCAAAGUUUCUCUCUGCGCUUAGAUUUUUAGAUCCUCAGUGUCCCCUACACUUUAUUUACGAGAACGUAUUUAUUCAUUUAUUUUUAUUUUUUCCGGACGCCUUUUAUUUAAACUUUUAAGAACACUUUUAUAUUAUUUUUAUUGUGAUUAUAUUUGUAAGUUUUGUAAUUCAAUAUUGAUUAAUAUACUCCUCUUGUUCAUUUA